UCCUGAAUUGGAGCUCUGUGGGGGUCAGGAUACUCACCGCCCCAGCUUUGCACUUGUGGCCGGUGGGUUUGGCCCUGCCUAGUCUGACCCUGGUUUAUCUGGGUUCCCACCCCAGCCUCCUCCUUCCAAAGCCCUCUGCUCUUCUGGCUCUUCAAGGCCCUCUCUGGCAAGUCAGGACAGGGACCCCAGGGCCCUUCCUGUUUGGGGGCUUUGAGGGGGGGCUUUUACAGAACUGCUGCCUGGAGGCUGCCCUUGGCCCUGACCCUUUUCUGGUUGUGCUAGGAGUCUUGCUUGCUUUGCCAUUUGCUGUGGGCCCUUUUCCUAUGGCCUCUGGACUUAAGGCUUCUGGUGCAGUUCUGGGGUGGAAGGAACCACUUAUUGUAGUUUUCAGUCAAUUUCUUGGUCAUUAUUCAAUCUGGUGUGGAUUUCAGGUUUUUGCUGACAUAGGUGUCCAGAGUGGAUAGGCCUCCAUAUGGACGAUCUCCAUACAGAUCACUUUGCCGAUCUCUGCACCGUCGUCUUCUGCCACAUGGCCAUCUCUUGGCAGCCGAAAUGGAUACAUGGAUAGUGUAGAGGCACAAUGCCCAGGACCCAGCACUGGGUGGAUGUUUGAGGUCAAGGAGAGAACGUGAAGGUUCAUGGGGAAAAAAUGGCCCAUGCAGUGCCCUCCACACAUGCCGCUUUGAAAAUGCCCAGACCUCAACAAAGAAAGAUCAGAUUAACCUGGAGGAGGACGCCUUGAAAUAAUUAAGUGUCUGAAAUGCUGUGACCCAGAAGACAUCUUGGACUUCUUGGCUCCAUGGAAGAACUGCUUCAGAUCCAGGAGUCUGAGGAGAAGAAGCAGCAACAGCAUCUGGGCCCCAUCCUGCAUCGCCUCGAGGAGCUGAUGGAGCGGGGACUGGACCGUAUCCCCCAGCUUCUGAAGGCCGUAGGGGACUGGUGGGACCAGCCAGGGCAGAACGCCCUCCCUGGAGAGCUCCAGGACCAGGACGGCCUCUCCCUACAGCAGUGGAAGCUUCGCUGGGCCCGGGCCCAGGGGCGGAGAGCCUGAACAGUGAGGUUUGGAGCAGAAGCACAGAGACGUGAAUAGAAUUGGAUCCGUCCUUUCACUGAUAAAACUCCCAGUAAAGUGCCUAAAGAUUUCAGGA